GUUCUUCUUCUCAAGUCCGGGCCGCUGGCCAUAUCUGCUCACGAGGGAUCCCGCAUAUCGCUCCUCAUGCCUUCCUUCUUCCAAGUUGCAGUCGUUGCCGCCUGUGUCAUUGGCGCAGCGGCGGAAACACUUACGGGAAUACCGACAUUUGACUUCAACAUCACAUCCACCGACAAACUUCAGCUUUCUUCGCUUACCCACGUCCUUGUCGACUCACGGUUCCAACACUCUGUGGACUUAGCCGGACAGACGCUCAUCCCACCGACGCUCCUGGAAUUUGGCCAAACAUUUGCGGCCGAUCUCAAAGUACCUGGACUCACAGACAUCCCGGUGCAGGUUGCAGACUGGGCGCAGCCUGGCUCCAUUUUCCUCACGUUGUCAACGGAUAGGGCGUUUUUCGACGCCGCUGGUCGAAAUACAUCGGAGGGAUACACAUUAACGGUUGGGACCCAAAAUGUCGUUAUCGCCGGUGCUAGCCCGCUUGGCGCUUUCUGGGGAACAAGGACCCUACUUCAGCAGGCAAAGCUAGGAUGA